AUUACAUUAUUGAACAAGUCGAUAGAACUAUAUAUAUAUAAUUAUUGUGAAAUAAAAAUAAAUAUGGCGAAACUGACAAAAGCGGUUUGGGAACUUUCAUCAAAUUUUGCAUCAAAUCAAUACUUUUCAAGAUUAUUAACGCCACCAAGGAUAAAUAUUCCUCUUUCAAUUCAACGUAAUUCAUCAGCCAAAGCUGCUGUUAAUACAUCUGAGGAUGCUCUUAUUAUUAGCGACAGUUGUGUAAAACGUUUAAAAGAAAUUUCGGAAAAUGGAGCUUGUUUGAGAGUAACAGUCGAGGGUGGAGGUUGUUCUGGAUUUCAAUAUAAAUUUGAUUUGGAUUCGACUAUUCAGGAUGACGAUAAAAUUUUCCUGAAAGAUGGGGCAAAAAUAGUGAUAGAUCCAACAUCAUUAGAAUUUGUAAAAGGCGCAACUGUAGAAUAUCAUAAAGAAUUAAUUCGUUCAGCCUUUAGAAUAACGAAUAAUCCUUUAGCGGAACAAGGAUGCAGCUGUGGCGUUAGUUUUGCAGUAAAAUUAGAUUAAUUUCACGAAUUUUUAGUCUUCUUUCUCUCUCUCUCUGCGUCCAGAAAAAGUGAUUAUUGAAAAUAUUUUUUAAAUAAAAAAAUCUAUAUUUUAAAUAUAUGUAUAUAUAUAGAGAGAGUAUUUUUGAAAUAACAAUAUUGAUAUUUCAAAUUUAUUCUUCGUGAAAUUCUAUUUUAUAUAGAAACUUUUGUUUACUGUUAUUUUGAAAAAAUUGUAAAAUGAAUACAAUUUUUUUUGUUAUGGGGAAAAAAAAAUGUUUUCGCAGACACGAAAGUAUUUUAAUUUUCAUGAUUUUGUAAAUUGUAGUCUAAAUAAGGAAAUAUUAAUUAAUUCAUUUACUAUUUUUCUUUGGAUCCAAGUAUAGACAAAACUGGUUUAUUUUUUUCAUUUGUUGAGAAAAUGUGACUGGUUAAUAAUAAUAAGUUACGUAAACAUUUAGAGAUUUAUUUAUUAUUUUAUAAAUAAAAACAUCGAAUUCAAAAGAUAACUACAAGUGUAAAGAUCGGCAGAAUCGAAUUCAUUGCUAGUCAUCUGUUUAGUAAUUUUUUUUUUUUUUAAAUAUGUACAUAAAAGUUGGUUAGCAUUUUCUUUUCUUUUAUCACGGAAUGUGUCAGAUUGCCGAUUAAAUCGACACUUGUGUUUAAUGUUAGUCUUUUAUUUUCCCCUUUUAGUGUUCUGAAAAAUAAAAAAUGAAAUAUAUUAAUA